CAUAAGACUGUUAAUAUAUAUAUCCAUGGAUUAUCUGGUUAAGUAAUUAAAUCAAUGUGUAACUUCUAUAUAAUAUUUCGUUAUCAAAAUUUCCUAUUUGGGAAAGUAAUUGUUAAAUAUCACAGCGUCAGUUUGAAACCCCUCCACAAAACAAAACUGACACUGAAAAAAAAAAUUAUAGGAGUAACAUGUGCAGGAAUUUCUUGUUUCAAUUUGGUUAAACGAAAACUGACGGUCAAACCAUCAUCUUGGACAACUUGUCUUUCUUCUUCUUGUUAAUCAUCGAUAAAGGUAUCAUCUGAGUAUCAUUUCAAAGGACUGAACAUACAAAGGUUGUAAUCAGCUCAAUUGUUAGAUAGGUGAGUGGUUUCAAGAUGGACUUUAACGGUAUAUCACGAGGCUCUAUAAGAGCAGAAUCACUUCGGAAGUUAUCAAAGUUAUCGGUACAACAAUUAUCAUCAAAUGAAACCAUACCAAAUCCAGCAUCCAACGAAGACUUCAAUAAGGUUUUGACAUGGUGUGGGAAAGAAACUGAUGUGGAUGAUAAGGAUUUAGCUGUUGAAUCAAUCAGUAUUCGUGAAUAUGAAGUGUUGAUCGCCCUUUGUGAAUCAACGGUUGAUCUUAAAUUUACUAAUCAAGCUAAGUUAUUAAUUAAAAAGUUCAGAGUUUAUUUGUUAGACUUACAACAUCAAAAGUUUAGUUAUUCAAUUGCUACCAAAUCAAAUAAGAUUUCUCCUUGGGCAAAUCUUGCUCAACAUUUAACCACGGCUUUAUGUAAUAUAUCUCGCCAAUUCAAUCAUCAAUUUCAAGAUGAUGUGAUUAACGUGUUCACUGAAUUCACCGAUAAAUUCUUUGCUAAGGCUUAUGAUGAAAGAGAAUUGACUGAUUUCUUUACUAUCUUAGGUUAUAUUGAAGGUUUAACUCAAAAUUCUCAAAUUUUAAUUCAGACUCCAAAAUCAUUUAAAUUAUUUACCACUUUAGAUGCAUGCAUUGAUAAUGUUGAAUUCUUAAAUGAUAUUGAAUUCUAUUCUAGUGCAGUUCAUAAAGAAGACAAUGAUUACACUGAACUUUUAGAUCAUCUGUAUAUGGCUUCAUUCUCACCAAUCCUUUAUAUUGAAAAAAUCAGUUACUUAAUGACAUCAAUCUUGAAUUCAAUUCUUGGAAAUAAAAGUGGUCCAUUAAUCAAUUACAUCUUAGAUAAAGCAUCAGCCAAAUAUUUAGCAAAUGAAGAAGAAGCGGAAGAAGAAGUUGUUGAUGAAAAUGGAUUUUCAUUAGCUAAAGAAAACUUGGAUAUUUCUCAGCAACAUAUGGAAAUUAUUAAAAAUUUAUCUCAUAAUGCUAUUUCAAAGAUGGAAUUCUUAGAUAGAGGUGAAACUUAUAUUGUUUAUUCCAGUUAUGAACGUUUAAAGCAUGGAUAUUUAGCUAAAGCUCAUAAUAUUCAAAUUUUAAGUUGUGGUAUGUUUACUGAUAUUGUUGAUAUUAAAAUUGCCAAAAAAUUCUUUAAAAACUGUUUACAAAUUAAACAAGUCAUGUUGGAUCCUGAUUUAGGUUUGAGUGUACUUCAAUUAGGUGCUUUAUUGGUCUUUAAAGACGAUAAAGUUGGCCCUUCAUUAACAAGAGGUUUCACUUCAUUAAUUGCGAAUCCAAAAGUUAAAUCUGAUUAUAGUAUAGAAGCAUCCAAAUGUGUUGGGUUAGCAUCAAAAGUUUUAACUCAAGAUUCCAUUGUUACUACCAUUUAUGCUUUAACCAAUUUAGUAUUCGUGGGCAAUGAUGGUUUACAAUUACAAUCAAGAAAUUCAAUUAGAAAACUUGGUCCUCCUCAAUUUAAGAAUGGUGGUGCUAGCACUAAUGGUACCGCAGCAGGAGAAUUCUUAUCAUUAUCAAGACGUACAUCUAUUUCAUCAUUCCCUAAUAACGGUAGUAGAUCUAAUCUUUCAGUUAGAAGUAUUGCUGGUGAAUAUGAUGAAAAUGAUUAUAAUAAAGUUUGUCAAAACGCUGUAUCAGCCGUUAUUGAAAUUGCUCAGGCUUGUAAUGAUGAAACAAUCCCUACUUUAGCUGUGACUAUUUUAUCGCAAAAGAUCACCAAAGUAGAUUCACCGAUUGGAGAAUUAUUAUUAAAGGGUUUAGUAUCAUGCGCACCAUUCUUACCUGAACGUGAAUUCAUUAUAUUACUGAAACUUUUAAAUAGAUUAUCAUUAGAAGCAUUAGAAAAGAAAAAUCAUCAUUUAUUAGCCAAUUUAACAAAUGCCAGAGUUUCGUUAUCUCAUAAAUUAACUCCUGAAAAUCCAUUAUUCCAAGUUUAUUUACAUGAGAUUUUACAAGCCAUCAUAUCUCGUGGUGAUGUUCAAGUAUUAGAUCAUCAUAGAUCUCAUAAUGAAAUUAGUGAAAUUGGUGAUCAAAUUGCUAUUUAUUUAAAACCAUUGUCAGAAUUAUUACCGGAUGUGAAUAAGAAUGAAAAACCAUUAGAAAUUAAAAACACAGAAACCAUUAAUCUUUUUAGAAAUAUUUGGUUUAAUAUGGUGGUUCAUGGUUAUUCCAUUAAUGCUCCUAAUUCAAAACGUCAUAUUAAAGAAUUAGAAAGAAUCGCUUACAAUUCUCCUCCAUUAGCAUCUGAAUUAUCAUGGGAUAGAACUGAAACUACCUUGGAAUUAAAUACCGUUUUAAGAAGAGGUUCUUCAAAUAGUAAUGUGAAAGAUCAUAGACAUAUUAUUGGUGAUAUUUUUGAAGUUCAUAGAACUAUGUCUUAUCAAAAAUUAAUGUUUUUAGCCGCCACUGUAUUUGUGGAAUCUCUUAGAGUUAAAUCAGGUGAUUGUUCAACUAUCUUACAUUAUUAUUCAGAUCCAUCUAUCAAAACCAGUGGAAUUGAAAAAUAUAUUGGUUAUAUUGCAUUCAAGAUUGUUCGUGAUUAUAUUAUUUUAAUUAAUAAUGGUGCUAAUAAACAAUUUAGUUCUGAUAAUAUUUCUGAACAAUUAACUAAUAUGUUAGCUUUGUGUUGUCAUAGAUUAGAAGAUUUACAAGAUGCUGCUAUUCAAUGUUGUGAUUUAUUAAUUAAUAAAGUUCCAUCAUCAUUAUGUCAUAGUCUAAGUUUAUUUUCAUUAUUUGAUCUUUUAACGUUAUUAUUUGAUAGUAUUGUUGAUGCUGAAACUAAUCAAUAUGAACCAACUACUUCAUUUACUGCUGAUAGAACCGGUAUUCAAUUAUUAUUAAGUGAUUCGUAUACUUGGAGAGAUGAAACCUUUAAACGUUUUAAUGAAAAAUCAAAACAUUGGGUUAGAUUGAUUUUACUAAAGAGUAAUGUUGAUGUUAAGAGUUUAAUUCAAACCUAUGUUACUGAUGUGAAUGGAUUCCAAUCUGGUAAAAAGGUUGAAUAUGGGGUUUCAUUUGCUUUAGAAAUGGCAGGAAGUGUAUUAGGUAAUGACCGUCAAUUAUCAUCUAUGUCACGUAUUACUGCUCGUGAUGUUAAUACAUUACCAUCAUUUGUAGCUCAAUUAAGUUGGAGAAGUGCAUUUAUAAGUGAUUUAAAAGAUGCUAAUAAAUUAAAUAAUGUCGAUGAUUUAUUUAGUAUUCGUUCAAGAGUUGAAGAAUUUAAACUGACUUUAUUUAGUACCUUUUAUCAUCAAAAGCCUUCUGAUCAAUCUCAAAAGAAUUUAUUAAUUAAACAACAACAAAAUGAUCCUCAAGAAUAUAUUAAAUUAUUAACUGAUAUUGCUGGUUUUACAUUACUUCAAGAACAAAGUGAAGCUGAAACUUUAAGAUAUUUAGUUGAAAUCCCCUUUAUGUUAUUUGAUAGUAAUAUUAUGAAUAUUGCAAUUGGUAUUUGGUUUACCAUCAUGAAGGAUAGACCUAAUUUAUCAGGAUUGUUAUUAAGUGAAAUCGCCAAGAAAUGGGAAACAUCAAUUGAAUUAAAGAAAGGAUUAUUCUCCACUGCAUUUGAUAUUGAAAAUCCGGAAUUUGAUAAAAUGGAAUAUGCUCCAAGUGAUAGAAAAGCAGUUAAUAAGUUAUCUCAAAUUACCGAACGAUCAUUUGAUAUUCAUUUACAUUUGAUUAAAUUAUUUUCAUCUAAUUUCGAAGCUACAUUAAACCAAAGUGAUCAUUUAUUAAAAUUAUUCACUAGAUUUAUUGAAAUUGGGUUAAAGAAUCUUUUAAUUGCUAGUUUACAUCCAUAUUCAAGAUUUAUUAGAUUUGAAUUAAUUAAAUAUUCCUUUGAUGUUUUGAAUUAUCAUAAUAAAUUGGGAUCAAGAAGUAUUUUAUAUUUAACUGAAUUAAUCUUUGAUGCUGCAUUAUCUUGGUUUAAAGGUAGAGCAAAUUAUCCUUAUGGAGGUAAUCUUUUAAAGAUUAAAGGAGAUUAUGGAUUAUUAAAGGAUGUGGCUAAAUUAGUUCAACAAUCACCAACUUAUAAAUCCGAAUCAUUAUCGUAUAAAAAGACUAUUCUUUUAUAUUUCUUAGAUGAUGAAAUUUCCAAGAUUUCUGUGUGGUUGGAUCCAUUAAGUUCAAGUGAAACUAAAGGAUCAUUCAUUAGUAAUCAAUCUCAAAUCAGUAGUAAUAUUUUAGCCAAAAGUUAUGCUAUUGAUCCAAUCUUAGCUAUUAAUUUAUCAUUAAGAUAUAAAAUUAAGAAUCUUGAUGAAACUUUACAAUCCUUAAUUUCCAAUAAUACCUUGGCAGCAAUUUAUUAUCCUGAAGCUGUUCAAUAUUAUAUUGGUAUAAAUGCCGAAAAAAGUAGUUUACAACCUCAUUAUCAUUUAUUAUUUUGGGAACCAUUAUCCCCUAUUGAUUGUAUUACAUUAUUCUUACCUCCAUUUGGUAAUAAUCCUUAUGUGUUACAAUAUACCAUGAGAUCAUUAGAAAGUCAUGAUGUUAAUAUCACUUUCUUUUAUGUUCCUCAAAUUGUUCAAAGUUUAAGAUAUGAUGCUAAAGGAUAUGUGGAAAGAUUUAUUUUAGAAACUGCUCAAGUAUCCCAAUUAUUUUCACAUCAAAUCAUUUGGAAUAUGUUGGCUAAUAGUUAUAAGGAUGAUGAGAGUCAAGAACCAGAUUCAAUUAAACCUAUCUUGGAUCGUAUUCAACAAAAAAUGACAUCAAGUUUUAAUGAACGAGAUUUGAAAUUUUAUGAACGAGAAUUUGGAUUCUUUGCUGAAGUUACAUCUAUUUCUGGAAAAUUAAAACCAUAUAUUAAGAAAUCUAAAGCUGAAAAGAAGGAAAAAAUCGAUGAAGAAAUGUUUAAGAUUAAAGUUAAAGCUGGAGUUUAUUUACCUAGUAAUCCAGAUGGUACCGUGAUUGAUAUUAAUCGUAAAUCAGGUCGUCCAUUACAAUCUCAUGCUAAAGCUCCAUUCAUGGCCACAUUUAAAAUCAGAAAGGAAAUCCAUGAUAUUGAUGAAUUUGGUGAACCAACCAUUAUCCCCAUUGAAAAAUGGCAAGGGGCAAUUUUCAAAGUUGGGGAUGAUUGUCGUCAAGAUGUUUUAGCAAUCCAAUUGAUAUCGAUAUUUAGAACGAUUUGGACUAAUGCUGGUUUAGAUCUUUAUGUGUUCCCAUAUAGAGUUACCGCUACAGCUCCUGGAUGUGGGGUGAUUGAUGUAUUACCCAAUGCUACAAGUAGAGAUAUGUUAGGUAGAGAAGCUGUUAAUGGAUUAUAUGAAUAUUUCAUUACUAAAUUUGGACCGGAGAAUUCGAUUGAAUUUCAACAAGCUAGAAAUAAUUUAAUUAAAUCGUUAGCAGCAUAUUCAAUCAUAUCCUAUUUAUUACAAUUUAAAGAUCGUCAUAAUGGGAAUAUUAUGUAUGAUGAUCAAGGACAUGUAUUACAUAUUGAUUUUGGAUUUUGUUUUGAUAUUGUUCCAGGUGGAGUUAAAUUUGAAGUUGCUCCAUUUAAGUUAACACAUGAAAUGAUUUUAGUAUUAGGAGGUAGAGAUGAUACUCAAGCAUUUAAAUGGUUUGAAGAAUUAUGUGUUAAAGGUUAUUUAGCAUGUAGACCAUAUAUGGAAACCAUUGUUAGAUGUGUGAAUCCAAUGUUAGAAAGUGGAUUACCAUGUUUUAAAGAAAAUACCGUGAAGAAAUUAAGACAAAGAUUUGUCCCUGGUAAAUCAGAAAGAGAAGCAGGACAAUUUUUUAGAGGAUUAAUUAAGAAAUCAAUGGAAAGUUUCUAUACCAAAGGGUAUGAUGAAUUCCAAAGACUUACCAAUGGUAUUCCCUAUUAGUUUUGUAGUUGUUGACUUUCAUUUAUUUAUUUUCAUUUUUAUUUAGUUCAUUUAUAAUUAGUUUUAGUGAUUCAGUUUAAUAGUUAAACUUUUAAUUGACAGUGAUUAUUUA